UAGGAAGUAUGGGGAGCUCACAAAGGCUCCUCUUCGUUUUUUCUUAACACCUGGCUUCUGUGUUCCUCGGGAAUGCCACGGGGCUCAUGCCUCUGGUCUCUGGGAGCUGCAGUGGAUGGGCGAUUGUGACAGCACUAUGGGACUGGGAACCACUGUCGUUGUGAUGGCCCUCCUGCUCUCUGGUGCUGCCUCCCUGAAAAGCCAGGCGUUUUUCAGCGAGACUGGAGACCUGCCCUGCCAUUUUUCAAACCCUCAAAACCUAAGCCUGGAUGAUCUGGUAAUAUUUUGGCAGGACCAGAAUAAGCUGGUUCUCUAUGAGCUGUACAGAGGCCAAGAGAAGCCUCACAAUGUUCAUUCCAAGUAUAUAGGCCGCACGAGCUUUGACCAGGACAACUGGACCCUGCGACUCCACAACGUUCAGAUCAAGGACAAGGGCUCAUAUCAGUGUUUCAUCCAUUAUAAAGGGCCCCAAGGGCUGAUUCCCAUCCACCAGAUGAGUUCUGACCUGUCAGUGCUGGCUAACUUCAGUCAACCGGAAAUAAAUCUAAUUGCUAAUCAAACAGAAAAUCCUAACAUCAUAAAUUUGACCUGCUCAUCUACACAAGGUUACCCAGAACCUCAGAGGAUGUAUAUAAGGCUAGAAACUAACAAUUCAGCUACUGAGCACGAGGCUGUCAUGAAGAAAUCUCAAAAUAAUCACACAGAACUAUACAACGUUUCUAUCAGCAUGUCUUUUUCCAUCCCUCCUGAAACAAAUGUGACCAUCUUCUGUAUCCUGCAGCUUAACCCAAUGAAGACAUUGCUUUUCUCCUCACCUUAUAAUAUAGAUGCAAAGCCACCUGUGCCAAGCCCCCCUGUCCCAGACCACAUCCUCUGGAUUGCGGCUCUACUUGUAACAUUGGUCGUUGUGUGUGGGAUGGUGUUCUUUCUAACACUAAAGAAAAGGAAGAAGAAGCAGCCUGGCCCCUCUAAUGAAUGUGAAACCAUCAAAGUGGAGGGCAAAGAGAGUGAACAGACUGAGAAAAGCGUAGAACUCCAAGAACCUGAAAGAUCUGAUGAAGCCCAGUGUGACAUUUCAAAGACAGCCUCAGGCGACAAAAGAGCUACACAUUUUUAAUUAAAGAGUAAACACCAUA